ACAAAUUAAAGAUGUUAGUUUUGUGCUAGAGAGAGAGAGAGUGAUUAAUUUGAUUCACUCUGCUAGUUUUGUGCUCUAGUUGAUAGUUGCUAGCAACUGUUUUGGCAUUUUGGAGGUAGGAACUCGCAAAUGAAAGUGAGGGUUGUGUGCAGAAAAAUUUACGACUACGUACGCUAUGAUCUCAAAGAAAUCGCUUUCCCUUCGUCUUUGCCUGACCCUCCCAACAUCAAAAAGCGCCGCAAAUUGACCUGGGACGAGCGUAUCUGGGUUUUGAAGAGAGCUUCCAGGCUUUAUGCUGCAAGCUGGGUUCGUGACAUUGGUCCUGAUCUUCGGCCAGAUGAUUAUAAGAAGGAUGAAAUGACUGUUGAAACAGAUGGAGAAAAGAAAACAACUAAAGGAAAAGAACCCUCAACAUUGGAGGAUCUGGCUGUAGCUGCUAGAGGCGGAAUGGAGACUCUCAGACCUGCUUUGCAGCGUGUGUACAUGACCAGAGCCUCUGCAUACAGAGAUGCUCUUAAAAGUUUCAUUGAAGGGUACCAAGAGGGAGUUCAGCAAGUAAUGGAAAAGAAGGAAGAUUCCAAAACUCAAGGAGAUGCUGAUCUACCAAAAAAAUCAAGUUGAACUUACUUGUAGUUGUAGGAGGCAGGGUGUUAUUUUUUUUUCUUGCAGACCCACUAGUCAUUUAGACUCAGGCACGAAGAUUUGCAGAAAUUAGUGACAGUCAUCUUGAGUUAAAGAGUUUUAGUGUACAUUGCACUGAACAGAUAUUAUCAAGUAUUCCAAAAUAAGUGCAUUUUGGAUUUUGGAUACUAAAUAUCCGGUGGUAGUUCUGAAUUUUGUUUUUGCAAAUUUCGUUUCCAAGUUUUUAAUUUUGUGUGCUUGUUGGUGAUAUUAGUGGUAUGUUUAUUUUGCAAAUGGUAGCAUCAGCAUAUGUUGGUGCCAGGUUGUUUAACAGCUACAGGAAUGAUGUAUUAUCUAUUAUUAUUUAUAUUUCCCUUAAAGAUACAGUUUGAAUAAUUGCUGGUGA